GUAAUUUUGUGCGUAAUUGACUGGUAAAGUGCGACUGAGAAAUUUUGGAGUUUGCUUCUUCCUCUUAUAUUCUGAAAUUUUGGAUAUUCUUGUUCUUGCUCUUCUCGCUUCUCAAGGAUUGAAGAAGAUAGUCACUGAAUUCCUUUAUUAAGUGGGUUUUCAAGGAUUUUGCUUGUGUUGUAAAUGGGAAAACACUUGUGGACCGAAGAUGCUGAUGAGCAAAUUGGGGAUAAUCAGUCGGGCUGUGUGCGGGGUGUCCUUCAUGCUCUUGACUAUCAUCACUGGCAUCACAAUGUUAAGAAGCUGCUACCUCACAAGAAGCAUAAUGGACCAAGACAUGUGAAAGGCAAUGUAAGACCAAAAACUAGAUUGAAUGUCCAUGAAGCUGAUGAAGCGCAAAAGCUUCUUGAAAGGGGUUCAGGCUUUCCUGCACAAUCACGGUUGCAGCGAACUUUUUCAAUCCAUCAUUUAGAAUCUUUAGAUUAUGUUCCUUAUGAAGAAAGCACGGGCCAGGGUCAUCCAAUUAUUUUUCUUUGCAGCAAUGCCAACAGUGACACCAGUGCCACUGCCACCGGAUUGCAGGAUCAAGGCCACACGAAGGGCACUAAGAAGCCAAUUGCCUGCAAUGAAAAGUGUAAUGUGGAUGGUACAAGUGAUGUUUCAAACUAUGUGGAGCAUAAACACCUUUUUGAGAAUCAUACACUUUGCCCCGAGAAGUUUGAAGAAGCAAGGGCAACUUCAGCAGACGAACAACACGUGGAAGCUAACAAGGACUUACUCCAAAAAAAAUUGCAAAAUACAGAUGGUAAUGCAAAUGGCUUCCAUUGUCUUCAGGCUUCUAAUAUGCAAGCAAGAUUAGCCAAAUCAGGGUCAUUUCCUGUAGCUGAUACUGAUUUGUCACACAAUAGAAACUAUAGGCCUAGUAAACUCAAAAACAAACAGAAUGAAGCUUGGUCCUUCCCUAAGCAAGAGUUGUUUUCUAGUACUCAGGCACCGAAGUUGGUUGCAUCCAAGUUUCCAAAGGAUAUCUAUACAAAAUUAGGGCCUUUCAUGGCUGAUGAUAGUGGAGGCAAAGUGCGAAAUCAAGAUGCAUUAUUUUCUUCUAUGGAUUCAACACAGGGAUUGGAUAAGCAAGGGAGUGAUAAAAUUGUCAAAGGUCCUUUGUACGAGGACAAUUCUGUUUAUGAUCUCAAUAAGGGUACACCAACCCACAUCAAAAGAGCAUCGUCUUUGAAUGAAUCACUACAAAGAUAUGCUCAAUUGUUUGAGAAUGGUUUCGACAGGGAGGUCAAGUUGCAUUUCUCUGAAAGCUUGAAGUUGACAAAUGAAUAUGAUAUUCCAUCAGGUGGGCAUGAACCGAUAUCCUUCAAAAGGGCUUGCUCUCUACCUCAUUUCGAUUCUUAUUGUUCCCUUCAGAAUGGGCUGUAUUGUGAUGCUCGUUUUUCAGGGAUACCAAUUAGUAAAGUUGUGGAUAUCAAUAGAAAUUUCGAAAGUGAGAGUCAUAAUGAACCAAAACCAGUAGGUCUUAUAAGUAUAGAGAAUUGCAUACCACUUGGUGCUAAUGAAGAGACUGAAUGUUCAUAUAACUUGGUAGAACAAAGUGAUAGUACUCCAAAAAAUGAAGAUUUAGCCAGCUUAACAGUAAGAAUAAAUGAUCAGAGUACUCCUGAGAUGUUUAGGCUUCGUGAGGAAAGGGAUGAGCAAACAGUUGGGGAAAGUGAAUUGGAGAAACAACAGGAGAUUACUUUGGCAGAGACUGCCAGUAAUAGGCUUCCACCAAGUCCAGUUUCUAUCUUCCAAACCUGUUUCCAAGAAGAUGUGACCAGCCCUGCUGAUUUUCCAACGUCAAAAGGCAAUUACGGAAAUGAGAAAGAAUCUUCAGUUGACUCCCCUUCAUGUUCUUGCAACAUAGCAAACUCCGAGACUUUUAAAAUGGCAAACAAGAGUGUCAAGAAUUACAAUCAUACUAAGUCAUUUACAAAUAAUAUUGCUGACUUCAAUUAUGUGAGAGAGGUUCUUGAGUGGUCAGGCUUGGAUGGAAAUGGAUUCCUUGGACCAUGGCACUCAAUGGACCAGCUGUCGAACCCUUCGAUGUUUGAAGAAGUGACGGCUUGUUGUCCUCACAAACCUCAAUGUUGUCCUCACAAACCCCAAUGUUGUCAUCACCGGCUUCUGUUCGAUUUAAUUAAUGAGGUUUUACUUGAGAUAUAUGAGAGUUCGUUCACCUAUUACCCAAGGGCAUUGUCCUUCCAUUGUCACGUACAUCCAAUGCCUGGUGGGUACCGUGUUUUGGAGGAGGUCUGGGCGAGAAUUAGCAGAACCCUGAGCUUGAGGCCAGAGGUGGAUCAAUCAGUGGACCGUGGUGUUGCUAACGAUUUGGGGAAGGAUGUUGGUUGGAUGAACCUCCAGUUGGAAACUGAGUACGUGGCACUUGAACUGGAAGAUUUGAUUUUUGACCAACUCGUGGAACAAGUCAUUUGUUCUUGAGGUUUUUGGGGCCAGAACAAGAUGCAUUUUCAGGAUGCUCUUGUUCUUAUUCAUGUCUAGCCUUGUAUAUUAAAUUUUGCUUUUGGUUCAUUUUAUGUAAAGUUGUGUUAUUCUACAUGAAACUUGUGGUCCAGUUGAUAGCCAAAACUCUAUAGUGAAAUGAAGAAAUUUUAUUAUUAUUA